AUGGCAGCCAACGCCCCUCCCUCUGCUGAGCAGCUCAGUGGUGCUCACCCUACCGAUGCCGCCCCUGACUAUGACCUGCUCCGCCGCCUGAUUCCUAAUCUGGACCGCCACCUGGUUUUCCCGCUGCUCGAAUUCAGCGCCGGCAACGAUGAGGAGGAUACUGAGAUUACUCGGGCCAAGUACGAGCUGCUCAAGCACACCAACAUGACCGACUAUGUCGCGAACCUGUGGCAAGAUUUGAACAACUCUGACACCAUCCCCGAUGAAUUUGUGAAGAAGCGUGAGGAGGUUCUUGCAAAGUUGCAGCAAUACGAGGGGCAAGUGGAGAAAAUCACCGAGUUGCUGCAGGACGAGGAGGUCGUGGGUAAUCUCCGCAGUGACAAGGCCGCCAACUUGCGCUUCCUGGAGGAGCAGCACGGUGUCACCAACGAGAUGGUCAACAGCCUCUACGACUACGGUCACUUCCAGUACAGCUGCGGCAGUUACGGCAACGCCUCUGAGCUUCUGUACCAGUUCCGUGUGCUCUCCACCGACAACGACAAGGUUGCCUCCGCCACCUGGGGUAAGCUUGCUUCAGAAAUCCUGACCACGAACUGGGAGGGCGCAAUGGAGGAGGUGCAGAAGGUGAAGGAGUCAAUCGAGACCCGCCUGUUCAACAACCCUCUUGGCCAGCUCACCAACCGAUCUUGGCUCAUCCACUGGUCUCUUUUCCCCUUCUUCAACCAUGACCCCGCCCGCGACAUCUUGACCGACCUCUUCUUCUCUCCCGCCUAUAUCAACACCAUCCAGACUAGCUGCCCCUGGAUUCUGCGCUACCUUGCUGCUGCUGUCAUCACCAACCGCAGCCGUCCUCACAAGCACACCGGUGUCUACCAAAAGCAAUUGAAGGACUUGAUUCGUGUGGUGCGACAGGAAGAUUAUGAGUACACCGACCCCAUCACCGACUUCAUCAAGGCGCUCUACGUCGACUUCGACUUCGAGGAGGCCCAGAAAAAGCUUGGCGAAGCUGAGGAGGUUCUGCGCAAUGACUUCUUCCUCGUGUCGACCGCCGAUGCCUUUGUCGAGGCUGCCCGUCAUCUUAUCUCCGAGAGCUACUGCAAGAUCCACCAGCGGAUCGACAUUAAGGAUCUCUCUACUCGCCUGGGUUUGAGUCAAGACGAGGGCGAAAAAUGGAUUGUGAACUUGAUCCGUGACACUCGUGUCGAUGCCAAAAUCGACUACAAGGAGGGUACUGUGAUCAUGAAUCACCCCCCUCAGUCUGUGUACCAGCAGGUCAUCGAGAGGACCAAGGGUGCCUUCUUCCGCACCCAAGUCCUCAGCUCAGCUGUCGCCAAAUGA